AGCCAGAUGCCGGUAGAUGGCAGCACCAACCUGUCAACAUUGUAAACACGCGGGAGACGUAGUCGUUUGUAAUUGACGUCUUUUAUCCCUCUCAUAAAGAUCCAAAAUGAAAAUAGAGGAAGUGAAAAGCACGACCAAGACGCAGAGAAUUAACGCCCAUUCCCACGUCAGGGGACUCGGCUUAAAUGAGGACGGAACGGCGCAGCCCUCGGCUGCAGGACUCGUGGGUCAGACCCAGGCCAGAGAGGCAGCUGGGUACUUAGUAGAUUUAAUCCGAACAAAACGGAUGUCAGGUCGAGCAGCUUUGUUUGCAGGACCGCCAGGUACAGGGAAGACUGCUAUUGCCCUUGCCUUAGCCCAAGAACUAGGAACCAAGGUACCCUUCUGCCCUAUGGUAGGAUCCGAAGUUUACAGCUCUGAAAUCAAGAAAACAGAAGUGUUAAUGGAAAACUUCAGACGGGCAAUUGGACUAAGAAUAAAGGAAGUCAAAGAAGUUUAUGAGGGUGAAGUUACUGAACUCACACCAGUUGAAACAGAAAAUCCUAUGGGAGGUUAUGGCAAGACAGUGAGCCAUGUGAUCAUUGGGUUAAGGACUGCAAAGGGAACCAAACAAUUGAAACUCGAUCCAAGUAUAUACGAAACAUUACAAAAAGAGAGAGUCGAAGUUGGAGAUGUUAUAUAUGUUGAGGCCAAUUCCGGUGCUGUCAAAAGGCAGGGCCGAUCAGAUACUUAUGCCACAGAGUUUGAUUUAGAGGCUGAGGAGUAUGUACCCCUACCCAAAGGAGAUGUGCACAAGAAAAAGGAAGUUAUUCAAGAUGUGACUCUACAUGAUUUAGAUGUUGCAAAUGCCCAGCCACAGGGGGGUCAAGACAUAAUGUCGAUGAUGUCACAGCUGAUGAAGCCAAAGAAGACUGAAAUCACAGAAAAGUUACGCUUAGAAAUCAACAAAGUUGUGGACAAAUACAUAGAUCAGGGUAUUGCUGAAUUGGUACCUGGUGUGCUUUUCAUUGAUGAAGUGCACAUGCUGGACAUUGAAUGUUUCACCUUUCUGCACCGUGCCCUUGAAUCCAGGAUAGCUCCCAUUGUUGUUUUUGCCACAAAUCGAGGUCGAUGUGUCAUCAAGGGAACUGAGGAUAUAGUGUCACCACAUGGCAUCCCAAGAGACUUGUUGGACCGUCUGAUUAUUGUCCGAAUGAAACCUUACAUGCAAGAGGAAGUAACCCAGAUCAUUCGGAUACGUUCCCAGACAGAAGGUAUAAAGAUUGAUAAUGAAUCCUUACAAGAGCUAAGUUCUAUUGCCGAGAAGGCAUCUCUCAGGUACGCCGUCAGACUCUUGACACCCUCUAAUGUUAUUGCUCAGCAGAAUGGCAACGAGUGUGUGACGGUCGAAGAUAUAAAGGAAGCUGCAGAUUUGUUCAUGGAUGCUAAAACUUCAGCUCAGAUGUUGGCUGAAAAUCCAGAAAAGUUUAUGAUGUAAAACUGAAGACAAUUGUAUAUAUAUCCUUAAGUACUUCAUUACAUUAUGUAUGCAGUAAAGUUCUUUUUUAUUUUACUUUUGAAAAUUAUGUUACAAUAGUCCAGUUGUGAGAGGUAUAUUUUUAUUUUUGUCCUCAUACCAUUACAAGACAUCAUAGGCUAUUCUAUCUCAGAUGUGUGUAAUACUGUAUUCUUUCUUCAGGUUCUGGUAGUAAAGAAUGUAAUGCUGUGACAAUUAUUGGUUCUGUAGCAUAUCAGGGUUUUUACCUGAUAUGAUUUAUAUGUAAAUGAAUGUAGAGUAGUUUUGACAAUGAUGAACCUUUUAUUGGACAUGUACUCAAGCCUCUAUAUUGACUUAAACUGUCAUACAUUGCCAAGUUAAUGCUAAAAAACUUUAUGAUCUGGCCAGUGCCAACACAGGAGUGGAUAUUGGGAAGUAUUAGGUAAUAUUGCUUUGCUACUUUCUCUCCUUCCUGAACCUUAUCAAAAGAUUGCCACAGUUCUACAUAUUGGAAACCCACUAGCAGGACAAGUUAGCAAAAGGAUAAUGGAAACCCACUAGCAGGACAAGUUAGCACAAGGAUAAGAAUUUAUGCAGAAACUGUAGUGGAAGCCUUUCGAAACCAUUCAUUUGUGUGGUGCAAAGUUCAUUAUGCAGGCUAACAGGUAUUUGAGUAUUUAGAUGUGUAUGUAUACAGUAUAUUUUUAAACUUGAAAGUUGCAUGCAAGAAUGCUGACACUUGCUAGAUAUUCUUGUCAUUAUAUCGGUAUCAAUAUUUUAAUCUCUGUACUAAAAGACUUCCUGAUGGAGGACUUACUGCUAUUUCUUGUUAGCUUCUUCAUUGUUGGUAAACUGUCCAUAAUCCUUCUGCUUUUCCUUUUUUAGGGGAGUAAAGGCCACAUUAACUUGAAGGAAAAAUUGGUUAUGAAGCUUUUGAUCCUACCAAAGUUGAUUAUAUACUGAUUUGUGACAUUAAGUUGAUUAUAUGUAUAUUUGUGUAUAAAAAGACAUUUUCCUUGUAUAAGUUUAUAGCUGUUUAGCCAAGUAUUAGGAUGAAAUACUGUCAUUUUUGUGUACUGCAUAGGUUUAAUUUUUCAGCAUUUUCAAGGAAAAAAUCUAGUUAGCAGUAGCUAAUCAUACUUUGGUUUAAUGUAACAUAUGAUGCUGUCCAUUGACAGAUUGUAUAUUUUCUCCUGUGUUUUAUAGAAAUUGAAGAUAUUUAUCUUCAGGCAUAAGUUAAUGGCCAUGUGGAGCUUCAGUUUUGCCACCAAUAUUGGCUGCUUUGUGUGAACAGGCAGAAAACCUUGAAAGACAACAAUGAAUGGACUUGUGUUACACUACUUGACUGUAAGAAUGAAUAGAAUAGGAUUGAUGUUCCAGGGAGAGUGACAUAUACCAUGGGUUAAUUUGCAGCAAAGUUUUUUAAUUUGUAGCUUAGCUGUGUAGAAAUACACUGCUGUUUACAUUUCUUGCAGUUUUGCCCUUUUUGAUUGAAGUUUUAGGUUGAAAGUAUUUGGAAAUGACUUGACAAUUUUGGUAUUUUGGAAAAGAUGAGUUUUUUUGUGAUGUCAAAUUAUUUUGUUGAAUUUCCUUAUCAUCCAGCAACCUCUUAAGUCAAGUGUAAAUCCCUGAGGGUGCUCUGCUUAUAGUUGUCUAACAUGGUACUGUAUAAAUGUUACUGAAGGUUCUUGGAGUCAUCCUUUCUUGGGUUCCAGCUGUGUUGCAUUGUCUUUUACUUCUCAUGCAUUCCUUUGGUCUCUUCCAAUGCAGCUGUCCAGCAGCUUUGUUAAACUACUACUUACAUAAUACUGUGAUCAGGUCCAGUUCAGUGAAGAGUUGCAUUGCAUUAAGAUAUUUUUCACCUGAUUAUAUGACUUUUCAUGAAAUUGAAGCCGUGGUACUGGUGUCCGUAAAGUUUUACCCCCCUGCCCAGUGAAAGAACUAGCUACUUAUUUUUUGGUAAAAUUAGACUUUAUGACUUACUAUUUUGAAUUGAUACCGGGAGGUAUGUGAGGUGUUCUUUUCGCACAUACAACUUGCAGUUGGCAAAGAUAAUUUUUUUAUCUUAAACAUGCUUUAAUGUAUGUAUAUUGUAUUUUAGAAUUUUAUAUAAAAAUGUUCCUGUUCCAA